ACUCUUCUGAACACACAGUCUACAAAACCCACUGUUAACUCUCUCUCACACACACACAUACCUGUGGAAACAGAGGUGGCAAUCAUUUGUUCUAUGGUACUGGAGCAGGACAGAGGAUUGGUGUCUUUAUGGUAAAUUCAUUCACAGGAAUCAUAGUGUCUGGAAAAAUGGCUUCUUUGUAUGUUAAGAUGGACCUUUCCUAAGUGCAUUUAUUUAGAGAUGAUCAUUCACUUAAUCCAUAAAAGGAGAUUUGGCAGUCUGUACCUGCUUUGCCAUAAAGAUGAAGAUCACUGUUCUUCUGCAUCUGACUCUAUUGCUGGUGAGGACUUCAAACCUUGAAGAUUCAUCUGUGGAUAAAUCAAUAGAUAUUUCUGGUGGCAGCAGUCCGCAUUUAAACUCUGUUCAGCAUGGAGAAUGUAGCUACACCUUCAUACUGCCAGAACCUGAGGAGAGCAGGACUGGUAGCUGGACAGAAGAACAUGAGGGUAAUUAUGAAGGUAACAGUGUCCAGAAAGAAUCUCCACAGGGGAAGCAAAGCCACUUAAACCAGAGGAUCCAACACCUGGAGCUUUCCAUGGAAAAUUACACCCGCUGGAUCCAAAAGAUUGAGGUCUUUGUAAAGGACUUUCUGACAAAAGACACAACACACCUGCGGAAUAGUGCUCUCCAUAAUGAAAUGACAGCCAUGCUGGAUCUUGGCACCAAACUGUUUUCCCAGUCAACCCAACACAUCAGGAGACUAACAGACAUACAGACACAGGUUUUCAAUCAGACUUCUAGACUUGAGAUUAAGUCACUGGAAAACUCCCUGUCCUCCAGCAAACUUGAGAACAAACUCCUCUGGCAAACCAGUGAGAUCAACCAACUCUGGGACAAAACAAGUACACUAGAGCAGCGUAUGCAUAACUUGGAGGCACGUCACCAUGCAGAACUGGGCUGGAUAAAGGGUGAGCGGACAGAGCUUCAGAGACUCUUGGCAUCCCAGAGAUCUUCAAUACAGAGCCUGGAGCUUAAUCUAGAGGAGGUCGUCACAAACAACAGCGCCCUCUACCGAGAACAACUACAAAUGCAUAGUACCAUCAAUGAUCUGUUUAAAUUGUGCUCCAAGAACAAAGCAGUGAGUCCAAAUGUUUUCAAGCAAAUGGAUGAUCAGAUAAAAUACAGAGACUGUGCCGAACUCUUCAGGGCUGGAUUUAACAGGAGUGGAAUUUACACCAUCUACAUUAGCACGCAAGACAUGCAUAAGGUUUAUUGCAACAUGGAAAGUGCUGGUGGGGGCUGGACCAUCAUACAAUCAAGGACAGAUGGAACGCUGGACUUCCACAGAACCUGGAUAGAGUAUAAGAUGGGCUUUGGGAGUCUGACUGGAGAGCAUUGGUUGGGAAAUGAGCUGGUGUACCAGUUGACCAAUCAGAGGCAGUACACUCUUAGACUGGAGUUGACAGACUGGGAUGGAAAACUGGCCUUCUCCCAGUAUGACAAGUUUUACCUUGGUAGUGAGAAGCAAAACUACAGGUUAUUCCUGAAGAGCUACAGUGGUACAGCUGGCAGGCAGAGCAGUUUGGUGAUAAAUGGGGCCGACUUUAGCACAAAAGACAUGGAUAACGACAACUGUAUCUGCAAGUGUGCACUCAUGCUCACAGGUGGCUGGUGGUUUGAUGCCUGUGGCCCAUCAAACCUCAACGGCAUGUACUACACCUCUGGGCAAAAUUCUGGCAAACUUGAUGGCAUCAAGUGGCACUACUUCAAAGGCCCCAACUACUCUUUACGUGCCACCACCAUGAUGAUCCGCCCAUUAAACUUUUGAGGAAUCAAUCAUCUGUCAUCAUUAAAUCUCAGAUUUCUUCAGGUAUUUUCCCACAAUGAGUGAGCUUAUAUGCUGUGUAACAGGUUAAAUAUUUUAACCACGUCUGUGUAGAGAAUGAAAAGUCAAACGAACAAUUGUUAUUUGUUUCUUGCUUUUCCUCAUUUUUUACAUUGUGUUCUUUAUGUGUCUUUUGUUUACUGGAACUCUCCCCUGAGGACUUGACAUACCAGUGUCAUCAAAUUUCAGCAGAUGUAUUAAUUGGUUUCCAAAGUACAAAUCUUAUUUGGCCACAAUCAGAAAAGAAACAAACACCAGCAUUAUUUAAGUAAAAACAACAUAUGGAAUAUGCAUGAUACAAUUUUUUAUUAAUGCAUGACUUUGUGGUAAAUAUGUUUUCUGGAAUCAUUUCUGAGCUUGAAUUGCAUAGCCUUGAUGGCAGUUGUGUCAUAUAUAACAUUUUGCAUAAUCUUUUUACAUGUCUAAAAAAGUACAUUUUACAUUUUGUGUAUGGAUAUGUGGACAAAAUAUGAUUUAUGAGCAGUAGCCUGUGUGCUACGUUGCUAGAAGCAGAAUAUUACAGGAUGAUUUGUGUGCAGUAAAAGUUGAUGUUAACUGUUAAGAAAGAUCUGAUGUAUCAUUUGUAUCUUUCAAAUUCCAAACAUUACAGAUUAUUUGAAUAAGCGGUUGACAAAACAGGCUAUGUUGUUUUAUUUGAUUCUCUGAUUUGACUAGAAUAAGAGUUCAGGUGAAACUGAAAAUUCUGUCAUCAUUUACUCACCGUAAAGUAUUUUCAAACCUGUAUGAAUUUCUUUGUUCUGCUGAACACAAAGAAAGAUAGCCUAUUUGGAAGAAUGUCAGUAACCAAACAGAUCUCGCCCCCCAUUUACUACCAUAGUAGGAAAAAUAAAUACUAUGGUAGUCAAUAGACGGUUAGGGGUUAGGGGUUAGUUAGGGUGCAAAACCGCUAACAAGUCUUAUGUCGGAAAAACACUUAACGUGGCUUAAUGUACUAAGACAGUUAAAAUUAACAGACCAAACUCAGUAAACAUCAUACUAAUAAACCAUACUAUGUACAGAAAAGCAGUUGAGCCCAGAAUUUGAACGCAAUGCGUUUAAUUUCACGUUAAGUGUUUUCCUCCCAUAGAAAACGCUUAACAUGGCUUAAUGUACUAAGACAGUGAUAUUAAAAGACCGAACUCCGUAAACAUCAUACUAAUAAACCAUACUAUAUACAGCAAAGCAGAUGAGCCCAGAAUAUGAACGCAAUUCAUUUAAUUACACAUUGUGUUUUCCUCCCAUAGAAAAACGUUAUAAAGAAAAAGCUUAACGUCGCUUAAUGUAGCCUACUAAGUUAUAUUACAAGAUCAAAUUCUGCACAAACAAAUUUUUCUGUAUAGUAUGCUUUAUUAGUGUAGUGUUUACUAAGUUUGGUCUUUUAAUGUCACUGUUUUACAUUAAGCCAAGUUAAGCGUUUUCUUUAUGGGAGGAAAAUUAAACGUGUUGCGUUCAUAUUAUGGGCUCAUCUGCUUUUCUGUAGGCCUACAUAGUAUGCUUUAUUAGUAUGGUGUUUAAUAGGUUUGGUUUGUUAAUAAAUGUCUAGUAAAUUAAGCCACGUAAGCUUUUCACGUUAAAUGUUUUAGAACAUCCCAUUACGUCCCGCAGGAGGUAACAGUCAUUUAUGCUGAGAAAAGAGGUGGAUGCAAAUCUCUGCAGGUAGCCUACAACAUUUGUUCUGCCGAAUUAUUUCAGCAUUAAUGAACCCCACAAAGAAUAUUAUAUAGUUUUUAAACAGUAGCUACUUGGAGGUGAAUGCAAUUCUUGGCAUGUAACGUUAUGCAGAACUCGGAAUAACACCUGUAGAAGAUUGUAACGUUAAUCAACCAUUGUAAUUAACGUAGAUUUCACAUUGUUUGUCUUGUUGACUCAAUAAUAAACUGCCAUUUCAGAGUUGGA